AUGGCAAAGGAAGUAAACAGAGAAGAAUAUGCAAGGUAGAAGCACCAUAAAGACAAAUAAACAAAAUUUGCCCUUGAUUUACUUAAAAGUAGAGAUCCAAGAAGUUUGGAUGAGUACAACGACGCCAUACAAAAAGGGUUGAAAGAUUGUAACUGCUAGAAGGAUCCUGAUCCUAAGAAAGGCAUUGCUCAUAAAGAAGGAUGUCCUCAUAAUGACUUUUAAUCUCAUUAGAAAUAACAGAGGAGGCUUUUAAAAAACUAUAUUUACUACAAAACAGAAUACAAUUAUAAUAGGGACUAUUCUCCUGAAUAUUACUUUGCAAGAUAAAUUUAUUUGGAAAAGUAGGCCGGAUAAGUGAAGGUUUAGGUAAAAUAAAAGUUUUUGAAGGGAAAGAAUUUUAAUGAUGAUCAUUUAUAUUGAUG